UGAAAUUUAUGCCCUUUCCCAACAUUGAAUAAACAUCAACAUAAUCAGAAUUGACCAUUUCCCUCCUAUCCAUCCCUUCCAUUUGCUGUCUCCCUAUCUAUCUAGCUACCUGUCAACAUGAAGCUGCAUUACAUUGGAAUCAUCAAGAACGACUGCAAGCCGGGCAUCGAGAUAUGCGCUGAGAAGGAGCUAAGCGCCUACUCGCGCUUCACCCGUGCAAACUAUGGCGAAUUUAUGACCAUGUUCGCGAAGACGGUAGCGGAGCGGACGAGACCGGGACAGAGACAGGAUGUCGAGGAGCAAGACUACACAUUCCACGCGUACGGGCGCACAGAAGGCGUCUGCGGCAUCAUGAUCUCCGACCACCAGUACCCGGCGCUGGUAGCGCACCAGCUGCUCUCCAAGGUGAUGGACGAGUUCCUGGCGGCGCACCCCAAGUCGUCGUGGGCCCAGGGCCAGACCGUGACCAUGCCCGAGCUGCAGGGCUACCUGGCCAAGUACCAGGACCCGCACCAGGCCGACAGCAUCCUCAAGAUCCAGCGCGAGCUCGACGAGACCAAGAUCACCCUGCACAAGACCAUCGAGAGCGUCCUCCAGCGCGGCGAGAAGAUCGACGACCUCGUCGCCAAGAGCGACGGCCUGAGCAACCAGAGCAAGAUGUUCUAUCAACAAGCGAAAAAGCAGAACACAUGCUGUGUUCUCAUGUAAACGUAGCGCUGUUUACUUACUGCAACUGGACACUCCGGUUAAACGAACGGAUAAUAUUUCUGUCUCGUAUUUCAGCAUAGCAAUGAGACGCGCAGUUUGGUGAAAGGCAAGGCAAGGCAAGACCAUGUGCAUGGCCAUUUUAUUUUCGUCUAUCUAUAUCCGCGGGCGCUAUUCCGCCCGAGCACUUAUAGGGGGUGGGCAGAGUCAUUCGUUGGCAAAUCAAGGAAGAGGCAGAGAAGAGGCAUUACCGCCGAGGUAGAGAGAAUGGAUGAGUUAAAGAUUACGCAGACAUGGCUACAUAGACAGCAUCCCGACAGUUCAAGCGGGCAGGCAUAAUAUGAAUGGUCACAUGAUUACGUCGGUACGGAACUUAUAUAGGGGUAUGAAGGUGGUUGUUAUUCAGCCACCUUGGACCGGAUUAAAUUUGACUAUCGCGAACCCGAUCUCGUCCUA